AUGACCAGUGAAGGUAACACAGCCUCAUCUACAAACACUGCAUCUUACGCUCAAACAACUCAUCCUAACGAUCUCUUCGAAUCUCCUUCAUCCGAGAACCAAGACUUUGCCUCCCAUUCUGCUUUAUGCAAGAACAUCGCCAUAGCAAGAGAUUACGCGAGGUCUUACCAGGACCUCAAGGAUGCUUAUGCUGAAUCGAGCACUCUUGAAAAUGCUAGAUCGAAGCUCAUCGUAUCUCUCACUGAUGUAAGCCAAGCUCGAACGAUAUCGGGGGAUUCCUCUAUAUGUAUGGCUUGUACUGCGCAUCUUACCGAUCGAGGCGCGGAGUGGUACAAGGGCAAAUUGCAGACUGAUCUAUGGGAAUUGGAAAGUGAAAUUGCACAAGUGGGAUUGAAGCUGGAAUAG